AUGAAGGUCUUCGGGCUUCGCGAGGAACACCGUGUCUCACUUCGCCUAUUCUAUGCGAUCGACCAGGAGCUUCGAGACCGCAAUCUAUGUGCCACGCGACUUCCAGCGGUGGCCUCCUUGAGCGUGUGUCUGGAUGCUGGCGGGAUAUCUGGCUCCGCCCUGAUAUUCGACAAGCGGACGGUCUUCGCCGCCAUCCGCGCAAUACAUGAUAUUCAACAGCCCUUCUAUGCAGGCCGCGUUCCACGCACGGCCCACCGCUGGAUGGAAGAAUUCAGUUCGAUUCCUCCUUGUCUGGAUCUUCUAGAGGACUUUCUACGACAACUCUCUCUUUAUCAGCGUCGGAUCGCGGUCAAGAGUGUGGACACUAUCUUCGCUUGGCUGUGGGAGUGGAAAGACGGCUAUUAUGACCGUAAGGGGUGGAAGGAUAAGCCAUAUCGUAUGGUAUAUCAGCAAAGCUUUGAGGCUAUCAGCCAAAUACUCGGAAAAGCUCGAGCGCGUGAGUGGAAGAAGGCGUUGAAGACUUCAUUUCUCCAAAGCCACUGGCUACUGCCAUACCCACACAACAAUGGGUUUAUGCGCAAGUCCAAGGACACCGGGCAGGAAGUAUGGUGGUCUAGCUCGAAUGCCGGGCUUUACGAGCACUACAAGCAAUGGUAUGGCACGUUAGAGCCUGGCGAUCUCCUCCCUGCCGGGUACAUCAAGCACCAUCCGACAACCGGUUAG